AUGGGUAUGGUUCUGCGGGAGCUAGCCAUGUUUAUGGAUAUAGUGAAAUGGGUUUUUGUCGCGCAGAGGCAGCGGUCGGGGCGGGAAGCAAGGGUGCCAGGGCUUUGUCUUCCUACCAGCGCCCCUACCGAUGGCCAUUGCAUUUGGGUGCCGUACGGCCAGGCCGAGGACUGGGAGCACGAGUUCGAGCCCGACGAUGACGACCAGGACCAGGGGCACGACGAGGUGUACGAGGACGACCCGGGCAUGCGCAAGAAACUGGGUAUUGAGGCUGAUGACGAGGACGAGGGCGAGGAGGCUGACGAGCAGGCCCGGAAGCUCAAGAAGCUGGGUGACCCAGAUGACUCGGAUCAGGAGGAGGAGCGGAAGAAAAAAGAGGAGGAAGAGGAGGCCAAACGGCAGCAGGCGGCGGCGGGGGCUGCAGCAGCGGCGGGCGGGUUGGCUGCGGGCGAGGGGGACGAGCAAGGGGAGGAGGACGAAGACGAGCUGGACGAGUUGGACGAGAUGGUGCGGCACGGGUGUCGUGGCGGAGGUCUGGGCUGGAGGGUAUGCACUCGGCCCGCUUCCGAUGUCCGUGCACACAAAUGGAUUCAAGCCUCCGGGAAAGAAGGAUAUCUUUUCCUAGCUAACUUGGGUUUUCUUAAGUAG